AUGGAGUUUACUAGCAGCAAUUAUUCUCUAGAAUCCCCAAAUGAGAGAUUUAACCUAUUUGAUCUCGAUGAAAAUGAGAUAUUUCUAAAGUCUUUACAAGUGAGUAUGAAUGACUUUACAUCAGAAGAGUUCAUACACGGAAUGCUGCACCUAAACAGUCGUUCGAUCAUAUUUGAUCCAGAUAAUGAAGCACUUUCUCUUAUAAAGAUUAGAUAUAACUCCCAUUUCGAGUUUGAAUGAAUCUCUCAUGAACAAAUAAGAUGUGUCCAUGAUAUGAUAAAUACGAGCAAGACCUCCAUCAGUCAUUUUGAUAGCUCUAGUGCAGUCAGACAAAGUUCUGAUGGAAAAGAGUCCAGAGGGUCUUCUCGUAAGAAGGAAGGAGGUGUGAAAAAGGGUAAAGCAGUUGCUUCUGGCAAGAACCUCACAUCUUAUUUAGACAAAAGACCUUCCUUUAAAUCACAUCCUAAGUCAAAGUAUUCAUCAAGUCAAGAAAAAUCUCCAAGAUAUACUCUGUCAGAAGUGUAUGCAAAUGGAGGGAAACCUUUCCCAAUUGGUGAGAAGGUGUCAGAGAAGUUACUAUGGAUUGCCAACUUGUACCAUUCUUUCUUAGAGUCUCCAUCAUCUUCGAGAGCCUUCAAUCUCUUUGAUAUGAUUCUCCUGAACGUUCAUGAUGCCUAUCUACAUCCAAGGAAGCCAAGAGGGCCAUUUAGCAUCAAGAAGUAUAACUCUAGCUUCUGUUUUAUCGUCAAUGAAGCUCAGGAGAAAUGAAGAGGCUUCUGUAAGGUCUUGAAGUAUCUCUCAGGAGAGAAAAACCCUGAUAUCAAAUGUAAGAACUACACUGAUCAGCUGCUUAAGAAUGAAAGUGAUAAUAUCUCCUUUGAAAAAGAGAACGUAUUGGGAGAUAAAAUUAUUUUUAAGGAAAAAGCAUCACGAAUCCUUUCAGAUGGUAACCAGGAGGGAUACUUCUUGCUAUGCCACUAUAAUAAUGAGGGGAAAAUAAGCCAGUUACAUUAUUAUAUUGAGUAUAUUCCAUUGAUCAAUGGGAUUGCACAUGAGAAAAGCUUGAGAUUUUCUGCUUCUGAGAUAAUAGAACUUUCUCUCUACAGAUAUAUGUUUUCCUACAAUGCAGUAAGGAUCCAAACCAGUACAAGCAAGGAAGUCAUAUUCUCAUUUGAGGAUAGGAAGACAGCAGAAGUCAUUCUUGAAAAAUUAUCUGAAAGUUGUCCUGACACUGUGGAGAAAUUAAGAGAUGACCUAGAAAGAUACCAGAAAAUGUGGGCUAAUGGUUGGAUGUCCAAUUUUGAAUACUUAUUGUUCCUUAACAAACUAGCCAACCGAUCCUUCUGUGAUAUAUCACAGUAUCCUGUCAUGCCAUGGGUUUUGAAACAAUAUUCAUCGAGUGAAUUAGAUUUGGAGAAUCCAAGGGUUUAUAGAGAUCUUGAAAAGCCUAUUGGAGCUUUAAAUGAGGACAAGCUUGAGAAGUACAAGACUAAGUAUUAUGAAGUUAUAAAGCAGAGCUCUGAUGAAGAGCCUUAUAUGUACACAACCCAUUACUCCUCAAGUGGAAUAGUGCUGUAUUACUUAAUCAGGAAUAUACCUUCACAAAUAUUGAGACUUCAGAAUGGUGGAUUUGGUCCAGCAGAUAGGAUCUUCUUUGAUAUUGAAAUGUGCUGGAACAAUUGCAUAAAUAUUUUCUCUGAUCUGAAGGAACUUAUACCCGAGUUUUAUACUGGAAGUGGAGAUUUUCUAAUCAAUAAACAUGGAUGUGAGCUAGGUAUUAACCAUCUUAGUGAGAAGGUUGAGGAUGUGGUUCUACCAAACUGGGCGGUAAACCAAAAAGAUUUCGUCAUGAAAAUGAGACAGGCUUUGGAAAGUGAAUAUGUUACAAGAAAUCUUCAUCAUUGGAUUGACUUAAUCUUCGGUGUAAAGCAAAAAGGUGAGAAAGCAUUUUACGCAAACAACCUCUUCUACCCAAUGACAUAUGAAGAAAAUGUUAAACUUGACGAAUGAACAAACGAAUUCGAAUGAAACGCUAUUGAACUCCAAAUCCAAGGAUUCGGACAAACUCCAAUCCAACUAUUCUCCACAGACCACCCUGAGAACAACUGCCGCCGCUUACUCAUAACCCAGCCCACCCCUUCAGCCCCUUCCGACCUCCUCCAAUCCGAAAUCUCCACCCUAAAAUCCUCUCUUCACAAGUCCAAAUAAACGGCACGAAGAAGCCAUCAGCGCACAACUAAAGGAAUUCAAAAUAAUAGAUAUCAAGAGGAAGAAAAAGUUCGACAAGUGAAAACUAGAAUACGAAGCACAGAUCGAAGAGUACAAGAGGCUGGUCGAGUACUAUAAGGCCAAAGUUGAAGAAGGCAGGAAGGAAUAAGGAUAAGUGUAGUAGGAUAAGAAGGGGUUUUAAGG